CCCCCGGGCGCACGUGCUGGGGCCGCCCCCGUUCCCCGUCCCGGUCCCAGCUCCGCCGAUGUCCGGUUGUCCGGAGCCGCUCUUCUUCCUCCUCCUCCUCCUCCUCCUCCUCCUCCUCCUCGCUGCCGCCGCCCCCCCCCGGCCCUGCGGCCCCUUGGGUCUGUCCCAGGACACGGUUCUGGCCCGGCCCGGAGCCAACAUCACCCUGCGGUGCUGGGACCAGGCCCCAGCCAACAUCACCGUGUCCUGGAGGGCAGAGCACCGGGGCCGCAGACAGCGGCUGCCGUCGGGGAACGCGCUGCCCCUGCACUGCCUGCGCCCCGACGACAGCGGCACCUACGGCUGCUUCGUGGGCAGCCGGCGCCUGCGCUCGCUGCGGCUGCUGGUGCAAGACCCCCCCGAGCCCCCCCGUGUGUCCUGCUCCCGGCGCAGCCACGACCACGAUGUGCUCUGUGAGUGGGCACUGCGGGAGAAACCAGCACCGGGGACGAGGGCGAUGCUGUGGGUGAAGCAGAGGUUCACAGCCGGCAACGCCACGGAGCAGCGGUGCCGCUUCUUCUCCAAGGCACUGAAGUUCGUGUGCCGGGUCAAGGUUCCCCAUGGUGCCGAUGACACCAAACCCUUCCUGGUGUCUGCAUGUGUCAGCAAUGGCGCUGGCAGCGCAGCCGGCGAGGACAAGAUCAUCACCCUCAAUGGUGUCUUGAGGCCUGACCCCCCCCUCAAUGUGACGGUGACGGCGCUGGAGGGGGCACCGCAGCGGCUGCGGGUGAACUGGUCCUACCCCUCAUCCUGGGACCACCGCUUCUACUGGCUCCGCUUCCAGGUCCGCUACCGGCCUGAGCCUGCUCACACCUUCAGCGAGGUUGACCAAGUGACAACAACAUGGUUGGACAUCCACGACGCAUGGCGGGGCCUGCGGCACGUGGUGCAGGUGCGGGCACAGGAGGAGUUUGGCCACGGGGCAUGGAGCGAGUGGAGCCGGGAGGCAGUGGGCACCCCAUGGACAGACCCCAAGGACCUUGCCUCUGAAAUGGGAUUGCUCAGCUCCCAGUUCCCCAUGGAGGAUGGCACCUAUGGGCUCACACUGCCCCCCGAGCUCUUUGUGGAAGAUGAUGCUGGUGGCACUGGUGGGCCCAUCAUGGAAGCCAGUGCCCACCCCAUAGCAUCACCUUACCCCUUCCUGGCAGUGGGGGGGAGCCUGCUCCUGGCCAUUGCCCUCUGCAUUGGCAUCGUGCUGAGGUACCGGCAGCUCUGGCGGAGGGGGGGGUGGGGGGGGGCGAAGCCGGAGGGGGAGGGGCAGCAUGGGCUGGUAGCCCUGGGCUCCCCCCAGCCCCUGCUCCAUGACCCCCCCUGCUCCUCGGGCCAUGGGGGGCUCCAUGUCACCAGCUUGGACUACUUCUUCUCAGGGCAGUAGUUGGGGUCUGGAGGAGCCAUUGGGGACUGCAGGUUGGGUUGGGGGA